AGAUGCUGAGGAUGCAAUCUAUGGAAGAAAUGGUUAUGAUUAUGGCCAGUGUCGACUUCGUGUGGAAUUCCCCAGGACUUACGGAGGUCGGGCUGGCUGGCCCCGUGGUGCAAGGAAUGGGCCUCCUACAAGACGGUCUGAUUUCCGAGUCCUUGUUUCAGGACUUCCUCCGUCCGGCAGCUGGCAGGACCUGAAAGAUCACAUGCGAGAAGCUGGGGAUGUCUGUUAUGCAGAUGUACAAAAGGAUGGAAUGGGGAUGGUUGAAUAUCUGAGAAAAGAAGACAUGGAGUAUGCUCUGCGUAAACUGGAUGACACAAAGUUCCGCUCUCACGAGGGUGAAACUUCAUACAUCCGAGUUUAUCCUGAGAGGAGCACUAGCUAUGGCUACUCACGGUCCCGGUCUGGGUCCAGGGGCCGUGAUUCUCCAUACCAAAGCAGGGGCUCUCCACACUACUUCUCUCCUUUCCGGCCUUACUGAGGAAGACCGUGGGAAGUUUCUCUCUCUCUCUCUUUUUUUUUUAGAUGUGCUGAGCUGCUUUGUGCUCAGAAUCUACAUUCCAGAUUGAUAAUUUAGCAUCUUAGGAAAUUUUUUUAAUUUCUUUCUUUCUUUUUUUAAGGAACUACAUAAUUUCAACCAGGGCUGCCAUACUAGCAGUGAAAUGUUUUAGACUGCAGAAAUAGAAGUUGUGGCUUUGGUUCAGAAACAAGUUGUAUAUUUUUCACCCCUGAUUAUGGGACAGAAAUCAGUGCUGCAUCUUUGUGGGUCACUCUGCUCUGGAGAUCAGCAGUUACGAUGACUGAGUUGCCCAUUUUGUUUAGAAAUAUAUUUUAAAUGUUUAGUAAUUGGUAUGUGGUUGUCUUUGAGUAAGCAUGUAGGUUUCACCAACAGGUUCUUGCCAAAAAGAAGUAUCAUUUGCAUUGUCACACCAGCUUGUCAGAAGCGGGAGAAACGGUGAUGGUUUCAAAAUUUCAAUACCCAAGGGCAGAUCCCAAGAUUGAUUUUUAUGUACAUGUGUGUACCAUGUGUGUGUUAGUGCCCACUGAGGCCAGAAAGACAGCAUAGAUCCCCUGGAACUGGAGUCACAGGAGGUUGCGGGCCACCCUGAGUUGACCUGGUACUAGGAGCCUGACUCAAGUCAGACAGGAGACUAGGAAGUGCUCUUUUUUGUUGUUUUGUUUUUCUGAAACAGGAGUUCUCUGUGUAGUCCUAGCUGUUCUUGAACUGAGAGAUCCACCUGCUUUUGCCUCCUAAGUGCCUGCUGGGUUUAAAGACAUGGGCCACAGCACCAGUUUAGGAAGUUCUCUUAACCACUGAGCCAUCUUUAAGCCAGAUUCUUAUGAUGCAGAACUGACAAUGUAAAAUAAACUGCCUGUAAAAGGA